AGCAGAGUAAGGAAGUAGGGAACUCAGGUGAGAGAUCAGAGCAAACAAAGUAGGGAACUCAGGGGAGAGAUCAGAGCAAACAGAACGUAAGUUCUUUUUCAUCUUCUGCCUUGAAUGCCAGGGAUUUGUCCGUUUUAUUACAGAGGCAUGUAACAUAUAGGAAAAGUGAAGGGUUGAAGAGGACACCAUGUUGGGGAAUGGAGUUGUUGGGAUCCUCUCUGAGUCUGUUAUUAAGUGGGAAAGAAGGGCACCUUUGACCCCUUCACACUGUGCUCGGCUUCUACACGGGAAGGAAACUGGGGUGACUCGAAUCAUCGUUCAGCCAUCCACAAAACGGAUUCAUCAUGAUUCACUGUACGAGGAUGUUGGGUGUGAGAUUUCAGAGGACUUGUCUGAGUGUGGUCUUGUGGUCGGAAUCAAACAACCAAAGCUAGAUAUGGUUCUUCCUGAUAGAGCUUAUGCUUUCUUUUCACAUACUCACAAGGCACAGAAAGAAAACAUGCCUCUAUUAGACAAGAUUCUGGCAGAGAGAGUGUCAUUGUAUGACUAUGAGCUUAUUGUUGGGGACGAUGGUAGAAGGUUACUUGCAUUUGGUCAAUAUGCUGGCAGAGCAGGACUGAUUGAUUUCUUAUGUGGAUUAGGACAGAGGUAUCUGAGUCUUGGUUAUUCCACACCUUUCCUCUCGCUGGCUGCGUCUUAUAUGUAUCCUUCAUUGGCUGCUGCAAAGGCUGCAGUGAUUUCUGUGGGGGAAGAAAUAGCAACACUGGGGCUGCCUUCAGGAAUUUGUCCUGUAGUCUUUGUGUUCACUGGUUCGGGAAAUGUUUCUCACGGUGCACAAGAGAUUUUUAAGCUUCUUCCCCACACUUUUGUUGAACCAAGCGAACUUCCUCAGUUGUUUGAAAAGGAAAAGGAUCUUACCAAAGUGGCAGGGAAACCGAAGAGAGUCUUUAAACUUUAUGGUUGUGUGGUGACUAGUAAGGACAUGGUUGAACACAAGGAUCCUACUAAACCAUUUGAUAAGGAAGAUUACUAUUCACAUCCAGAACAUUACAACCCCAUUUUCCAUGAAAAAAUUGCCCCUUAUGCAUCUAUAAUUGUUAACUGCAUGUAUUGGGAAGGAAGAUUUCCGCGAUUGUUGACUAGCCAGCAGCUUCAAGAUUUAAUGAGGAAAGGAUGCCCACUUGUUGGGAUCUCUGAUAUAACUUGUGAUGUAGGAGGUUCGUUUGAGUUUGUCAACCAAAGCACCACUAUUGACUCACCUUUCUUAAGAUAUGAUCCUGAAAGUAAUUCAUACCAUCAGGGAAUGGAGGGUAAUGGUGUGAUUUGUUUAGCUGUUGAUAUCCUUCCAACGGAGUUUGCAAAAGAGGCUUCUCAGCACUUUGGAGACAUUCUGUCCCAGUUUAUCAGCACUUUGGCAUCCACAACAGACUUUACAAAGCUACCUGCACACCUGAAGAGAGCUUGCAUAGCCCAUGGAGGUUCACUUACCCCCUUAUAUGAAUAUAUUCCACGCAUGCGAAACUCUGAUAUUGAAGAUACAUCAGACAACCUUGCCAGUGGUCACUCUCACAAAAGGAAAUACAAUAUAUUGGUAUCUUUGAGUGGUCACUUGUUUGAUAAAUUUCUUAUAAAUGAGGCCUUGGAUAUUAUUGAGGCUGCAGGUGGCUCCUUUCACUUAGUAAAGUGCCAAGUGGGCCAGAGCACUAGUGCUAUGUCAUACUCGGAACUUGAGGUUGGUGCUGAUGAUCAGGCAGUUCUUGAUCAAAUUAUUGAUUCUUUGAGUUCUAUUGCUCACCCAAGUGAAAAUCACGGAACUUUGAGUGGAAGGUUGAACAAGAUUUCUUUUAGGAUUGGUAGGCUACAGGAGAGAAGUGAGGAUAAGGUAGGAAAUAACAUGGAAAUAAAGAAAGUUCUCAUUCUUGGGGCAGGGCGGGUCUGUCAACCAGCUGCUGCGUUGUUAGCAUCAAUUGGAAGCAUUUCUUCUCGACAAUGGUAUAAAACAUUAGUGCAAACUGAUUCUGAGGAGCAGAUCGAUCAUGUCCAUGUUAUUGUUGCUUCUCUCUUUCUCAAGGAUGCCGAGGAGAUUGUUGAAGGAAUUCCAAAUACAACAGCUGUUCAGCUUGAUGUGAAGGAUCAUGAAAAUCUUUAUAAGUACAUUUCAGAGGUUGAGGUUGUUGUGAGUUUAUUGCCUGCUAGUUUCCACCUUAUUGUGGCAAAUACUUGUAUUGAGCUUAAGAAACAUCUAGUUACUGCAAGCUAUGUUGAUGAUUCCCUGUCAAUGCUGGAUGAGAAGGCCAAGAGUGCUGGCAUUACAAUUCUUGGAGAGAUGGGUUUGGACCCUGGAAUAGAUCAUAUGAUGGCAAUGAAGAUUAUCAAUGAAGCACAUGCCCGCCAUGGCAAAGUCAAGUCUUUCACUUCUUACUGUGGCGGAUUGCCAUCUCCUGCAGCUGCCAAUAACCCAUUAGCUUACAAGUUCAGUUGGAAUCCAGCAGGAGCCAUCAAAGUGGGGUGCAAUCCUGCCACCUACAGAUCUCAUGGUGAAACCAUAGAUAUAAAAGGAGAAGAUCUCUAUGAUUCAGCUGUGAAAUUCCGGAUAACUGAUCUUCCAGCAUUUGCAUUGGAGUGUUUUCCUAAUCGUAAUUCCUUAGUUUAUGGGAAAGUUUAUGGAAUAGAAGAUGAAGCAUCAACCAUAUUUCGUGGGACUCUUCGAUAUGAAGGAUUUAGCGAGAUAAUGGGGACACUUACAAAAAUUGGUCUUUUCAAUAGUGAGGCUCAUCCUGUUCUUGAACAUGAAAUUAGACCCACAUUCAGAUAUUUCCUCUCUGAUCUUCUCAAGAUUGAUAGUGAAGCUAGAAAUGGAGGUCCAAUUGGAGAGGAGGAAAUAGCUCAAAGAAUUUUAGAACUUGGACACUGCAAGGAGCUGGGAACUGCAACAAAGGCUGCCAAAACUAUCUUAUUUUUGGGACUUCUCGACCAGACUGAAGUUCCUGCUUCCUGUCAAAAUGCAUUUGCUCUUACCUGUCACUGCAUGGAAGAAAGGUUAUCAUACUCUGACACAGAAGAGGAUAUGGUGUUGCUGCAUGAUGAAAUAGAGAUAGAGUUUCCAGAGAGCAAAUGUACAGAGAACCAUACGGCCACAUUAUUGGAAUUUGGGAGAACUAAGAAUGGGAAAAUGGUAUCUGCUAUGGCCAUAACAGUCGGUGUUCCAGCAGCCAUUGGAGCUCUGCUUUUGCUUACAAACAAAAUCAAGAGCAGAGGCGUGCUGAGACCCAUUGAACCUGAAGUAUAUGAGCCAGGAUUGGAAAUUCUGCAAGCCUAUGGCAUCAAAUUGAUGGAGAAGAGUAGGUAACCAAACCACCACAACUCCUCGAAAGUUUUCCUCAAUUCUUUCUAGUAAAGAUGCAGCUUUCUUCAAGUUUAAAAAUGUUGAAACCAGUUUGGCAUCAGGGUGGUUCUUUUAUUCCCAUGAGAUUGAUUAGAAGGAUUGUCAAGAAAUAAAAUAUCAGUUAAUGUCUGGACAUUUAAUAAGUGGGAAAAUUUCUCCACAAUGGAAGGGCUUUGUAAAUGGAAAUUGUCCUGGAACUCCAGUGAAUAAAUCUCCAUUAUAUUGUCUUUUUAUUGUGUUACAGGCAAACACAGUGGAACUGUAUUCUGCAAAUAACCAUGCCUUAAAUGACCCUAAAAGUGACAUUGAAAUUAUGUAACAGGUUAAGCCUGACUGAGUAAAAUUUGCCUGAAAUUAUGCCUUGAUAAGUAGGCAGCAGCUUCCUUGGGGAAAAUAAUGCUGAACUGUCACAAAGAAUGCAUUUUGGAGCAAAAUAAUCAUGAUUAGAACCCAAGCAAUGAAUUUCAUAUUUACAA